GGGUUCGAGGACCGCACGCCCCCGCCAGCCGGCUAAGGGUCCAUCAGGGGCGGGUCGGGGCAACCGAGCGGGUUUGACGGAAGGAGCGGCGGCGACGGAGGAGGAGGAUGGAGGCGGUGGUGUUUGUCUUUUCUCUCCUUGAUUGUUGCGCGCUCAUCUUCCUCUCGGUCUACUUCAUAAUUACAUUGUCUGAUUUAGAAUGUGAUUACAUUAACGCUAGAUCAUGUUGCUCGAAAUUAAACAAGUGGGUAAUUCCAGAAUUGAUUGGCCAUACCAUUGUCACUGUAUUAAUGCUCAUUUCAUUGCACUGGUUCAUCUUCCUUCUCAACUUACCUGUUGCCACUUGGAAUAUAUAUCGAUACAUCAUGGUGCCAAGUGGUAACAUGGGAGUGUUUGAUCCAACAGAAAUACACAAUCGAGGGCAGCUGAAGUCACACAUGAAAGAAGCCAUGAUCAAGCUUGGUUUCCACUUGCUCUGUUUCUUCAUGUAUCUUUAUAGUAUGAUCUUAGCUUUGAUAAAUGACUGAAGCUGGAGAAGCCGUGGUUGAAGUCAGCGUACACUACAGUGCACAGAUGAGGAGCCAGAGACUUCUUAAAUCAUCCUUAGAACCGUGACCAUAGCAGUAUAUAUUUUUCCUCUUUGAACAAAAAACUAUUUUUGCUGUAUUUUUACCAUAUAAAGUAUUUAAAAAACAUGAAUUGAGUUUCUGUAGAUUUCUAGUUCUCAACUUUAGCCUGAACGCCAACACUUGAAGGUGUUUUUCAUCAUCUGUAUGCUGAAGGUGGUUAUUUGUAUGUAGGAACAGGACUGCCAUCCCAGCUUUGCAUGCCAGAGAAAUAAAGAACACAUUUUAAAGGGUGUUCUUUAAAGUGAAGAGAUAGCAAAGGUGCCCUUCAGGUGUACUGAAAAGAGUACAAAACAACACUGUUGAUCUGGACAAUAGAAGAAAAAUUUAAUUACCCUUUUUGCUGUGUUGCGGCAACUUCAUUUAGUAUGGUUUAAAAUUUAUGAGACUGUCAGCCAGAAGUCUUUUUACAAGACUGUCAACAGAAAAUGGCAUUUCAGAAUAUAUUUAUAUAUUUACUUGCACAGUUUGUGAAACCAUAUAAGCCAUUUUUCCCAGGUACAAUGUGGUUCCUGCUGAUGGAAAGGAAACAUUUAAAAACCAAUGUAAUAUUUUGUCAGGAGCUUUCAUUUAAAAGUCACUACCUCCACAAUCGCCCCCAAACCCAGACAAUCCCAAGUGGCUCUUGCCAGUCUGGUUUUCAUAUUGCAAUUAUUCCAAUUGUAUUUGAUCUCCCUGAUAAGUAUUUUAAUGGGUUUGGAGAAGUGAUUUGGUAGAAGAUGCUAAUCAGAUUAGAAGCAGGAAUUGUCAUUCACUGUCAGUGAAAUUGAGGCUUUUGGUGCUCUGUGUGGUGCCAGAUUAACGCUUCUAUCCUUCUGCACUGACCACGUUGUGAAUUGGAAGACCCAGUACAAGCCAUGUCAUGGACAUAGCAAUAUACAACCAAACUCUGUUCCUUGGAGCUGUAUUCGUCAACUCUUGCAGUUGGUGAGAGCAGUUCACUUCCUCAGCUCUGUUUGCCAGCCCUUACAGGGUAAAAUAAACCUGGCAAUUGAUCCUCAGUCCUAGUUUGUGCUUUUAUAUUGCUAUCUUAAGCCCUGACAUUGGGCAAAACAUGACUGUGUCCUAUGGCAGAGUCCAAAGGGAUUAUUCACUCUAGUUGAGAUAGCAUUGGGUAGCUAAACAGGGUGUGUGGUCCCCAAAAGAUUAAAUGUUGCAUGUCCUUUUGGUCCUGGACUAGCUCUAGCCUUGGCAGAAGCAAGGGACCCACUAAGCCAAACUCGCUGUACAGACAGACCACGUUUCAAGGAUGGAAGUAGUGCCCAGGCAGCACACAAAAGGAAUGUUGAAAUGGUAGGCAAAGUGAACUUGGCUCUGUUGGCCUCUUUGUGGUCACAGAAAUCGCUCCUUGUGGUAAUGUUGUAUUUCUGUCAGGCACAGGGCCAAGAAGCUGUGUAACACAGACAUUACUUUGGUUACAUCUCUUUUUCAUACCUUUUCCGUUGGAGGCACCUUUUGCUUAAAACAGUCCCUUCACUCUACCUUUCCUCCUAACUUCCCGUGCUUCUUCAUGUCUGCUCAAGAUUUUUAAAGCAAUGAAGCUGUUGGAGAACUUAAAUCCUUGCAACUGAGAGACAAGCUACUUAAACUCAAAGGUGGUAAGGCUUUUUUUUUUUUUUGAGAUGGGGUCUCACUCUCUUGCCCAGGCUAGGGUGUAGUGGUGUGAUCUCGGCCCACUGCAACCUGUUUCCUGGGUUCAAGUGAUUCUCCUGCCUCAGCCUCCCAAGCAGCUAGGAUUACAGCUAGCUACUCCCGGCUAAUUUUUGUAUUUUUAGUAGAGACAGGGUUUCACCAUGUUGGCCAGCCUGAUCUUGAACUCCUGACCUCAAAUGAUCCGCCUGCCUCAGCCUCCCAAAGUGUUGGGAUUACAGGCAUGAACCACUGUGCCCAGCCAUUUGGAGAACUUCUGACCAAAAUGUUUUACCUUCUCAUUCAGAUAUUUUUAGUAACCAAAAUAGGGACCCAUGAAACUGAGAGAGCCUUUGGGCUGUCAGUUUGCAGUACAUCAAGCAUAAGUUGCUGAGGCUGAGCAAAUCAGAAAGGUACCAUGUUCAUAACAAAGGACAAGAGCUCCUUACUUCUGAAACAUUAACUGUGGUUAAAAACAGAAACUCUUCCUUCUUAUAUUAGUUGUCUAUCAAAGCCAGGAAACUGGAGGAUCACUGUAGUUAAGAAAAAUUUUUUUAAAAAUUAAAGACAGGGUAUUGCCCUGUUGCCCAGGCUGGGGUACAGUGGCACAAUCACGGCUCACUGCAGCCUCAAACUCCUGGACUCAAGCAAUACUCUUGCCUCUCAGCCUCUCAAGUAGCUGGGACUAGGUGCAUACCGACAUGCCCAGCUAAUUUUAAAAAAUGUUUUUAUAGAGACAGAGGUUUUGCUGUGUUGCCUAGGCUGGUAUCAAAUUCCUAGCCUCAAGUGAUCCUCCUGCCUCAGCCUCCCAAAGUGUUGAGAUUACAGGUGUGAGCCACCAUGCCCAGCUAAAAAAAAAUUGGGGGGACGCUUCCGCAAAUAAUGAAAAGGGAGGCAAAGGCACUGACUUUAAAAAGCUGUGGUUAAAAUGCUAUCAGUUUUCUCCGCUUUUCAUUGAUUGGAGAGUUGUAGAGAAACUUAGAGAUCAUUUUGCCUAACUCCCUUAUCCCAAAGAUAGAGACCGAAGCCUAGAGAUUGCUCAAGAUGUCAUAACUCUGAGCAUCUAGAAUCCUAAUGUUCAGUCCAGUGUUCUUUCUCCCUUACCACUCCUCUUCCCUGUCCCUCUACAAUGGCAGUACCCAGGGCACAGUCAAUAGACUACUAUGGAGUGCUCCUAUGUGCAUAUUUUUAGUAUCUAUCAUUUUCUCUUGCCUUUUUUCUUCUAUCCUUUCAGUGGUAGCAGCUGCCCUUUGUUAAUCCCUGUAACCUCAGCUGAGAGAGCAGAUGAAGCAAGAUCCAAGAUGCAGCUCAGUUCAUCAAAGCCUCGCAGGUCCCCUCAGCUGCCUUUUCAUGCCUGCCACGCAGACGACAGUAGAACAAAACCUGACCUGGUCUUUUGAACAGCUAAGAAAGCUCAUAGUACUUUAUCUUCUGUAGCUUACCACAUUCUAUCUGGUAUUAUAGUUAUUUGUAUGCAAUUAAUCACUCUUAGACUGUAUGUUCCUGGAGGGCAGAGUACACUCAUUCAUAUUUGUAUCUUCCUUCUGCUCUUGGCACCUAACACAGUACCAUGCACGCAGAAACAAUAAAUCAUUGUUGAGU